AUGCUCGCUCACUUCCCUGUGGAGGCUGAUAUGCGCGCUCUCGAACUGAUGCACUCUGUCGUCACGGGCCCUUAUCAGCCAUUCAGGGGUGUUUGGAUUGAGGUAGCCCUAUGUGACCCCGGGGCAUUCCAUGUGACUCUCGGCAAUGCUGCUGAUUUUCUCAAUAAGAUUAAUGGCAAUCAAAGUGUGAAAAGUCCGGAGGCUUUGAGUCACUUUGAAAUUUCAACAAGGAAACUAAGACAGCGUCUUAAUAACUUCACGGAGAGUAUUAGUGAAGGGGCUAUUGCCAAUAUAUUGGCCCAUGUCUGUCUCACUGUAUGUGCUAUAUUCCUGAAUAUGAGCUCUUGA